AUUGCGCCUUACGAAUUUUGGCCACACAUCCUUAUUCGUUCUGCGCGUCUAGUACGUAGAGAAAGCUACAAUGUUGCUCUAUUUGUCUGCUAUUUUAUUAAUUAGUUCAAUUAACGCAUUGCCAGUAACUGAUGAUGAUAUUAUUUUAAUGUUAGAUGAUGUGGACUUCAAUAAUAACAUAGAUGGUGAUGAAGAUACCAUCGAUAUUUCAGACCUCGGUCCACAGGCGUAUGGUUUUCCGAAAAACGAUAGUGGAGAAGCAGUAAUGCAGUGGACGGAGGCAUCCCUCGAGAACCCCGAGGAAGUGAGCGGUUACCUGCAGGGAGACAUCCUCAUCCCCACGCGGGGUCGGAACGGCAUCAGGGACAAGAGCUGGCGGUGGAAGAACGGCAUCAUACCUUAUCAGAUUGACAGCGGUUUCACUAGCGACCAGCGUGACACGAUCCGCAAGGCGAUCGCGGACUACCACCGGCUGACGUGCCUGCGCUUUGUGGCGCACAGCGGACAGACCGACUACCUCGUCAUCAAGAGCGCCAAGUCGGGCUGCUGGUCCAGUGUGGGGCGGAUUGGCGGCAGGCAAGAGGUGAACCUGCAGGCGCCGGGCUGCGUGUCGAAGAAGGGCACGGUGCUGCACGAGCUGCUGCACGCCGUGGGCUUCAUGCACGAGCAGAGCCGCCCCGAGCGGGACGACUUCGUCUCCAUACAGUAUGGGAACAUCAAGCCUGGAACGGAGAUAAACUUCAAGAAGUCAGAGAAGAAGAACACGGACGACUUCGGCGUCGGCUACGACUACAAUAGUGUGAUGCACUACUCGGAGUAUGCCUUCUCCAGGAACUCGCAGCGGACCAUCGAACCUAAGGUGCAAAACGCCAAAAUAGGACAAAGAGAAGGCUUGAGUCGCGGAGAUGUGAAGAAAGUUAACAAUAUGUACAACUGCAAAAAAGAAGAGCCUCAAACCGGAUGGUUGGGGUCCAUUUGGCAAAACCUCUUCGGAGAUAAAAGACUUGCGAACAUAGAGUAACUUUUCUUCUGUUUUAAACAAUGGAUUUUCAUACAUCUGAAAGUUAUGUGGAUAUGAGAAUACAACAAAUAGUUUUGUACCUACAUAAUAUGUAGAUAUUAAGUCGCAUAGUUUUAACGUCUCUCUAUCUUUGUUUUCAUACAUUUUUUAUAUAAAUAAAUGUUUUUAAUUUA